UCUGUUCCUAGCAUCUGUAGUGUGUAGUUCAUCUCCCCUCAGUAACCACCUGGAGAAUGUAAUCUAAUGUGUAAUUCAUCUCCCCUCAGUAACCACCUGGAGAAGUCUCUGCAGCUCCUGAUGGACAGAGUGGAUGAUAUGAGUCAGGACAUUGUCAAGUACAACACCUACAGCCGUAACCUCAGCAAGCAACAGCAGCAGAAACACCAGUAUAUCCAGCGACGCCAGCAGGAGAAUGCUCAGAGACAGACCAGAGGAGAGACUCCUCUACCAGAGGAAGAUGUCUCCAAGAUGUUCAAACCACCACAGCCCCCUCCUCGCAUGGACACUCUCCUCAUCGCAGGACAGAUUAACAAUUACUGCCAGAAUGUGAAGGAGUUCACCUCCCAGAACCUCGGCAAACUCUUCAUGGCCGAGGCUCUUCAGGGACACAACAGCUAAAGGAGAAGACGUGAGGAGGAACUAAAACACACAGGAGAGAACCCCCCUUUCACCCAAUCAGAAUGAUCCAUACAGGCCUGUGUUCUAAAUGGUACCCUCUUCCCUUCAUAUAGUGCACUACUGGUCAAUACUAGUACACUAUAUAGGGAAUAGGGUGUAAUUUUGGGAUGCAUCCUAUGAUUGGAGGAUUGAUGUGAUGCUGUUAGAUUUGUUAAGAAAUUAAAAUAAAUGUGACCAACAUUAUUAUUCAUUAUUAAGAGAACAUGUUCCACGUUCUCCAAAAGAUGAGUUAUUUGAAUAUUAUUGUAACUUUUAAUAAACAUCUUUGCGUCUCCUCACA